GUGUUUGUUCACCCUUGUGUUUUCUUUUCUAUCUCCUCAUAUCUUCUCUUCUCUUCUUCAUGGCUUCCAAACAAUUCCAUGUUAUGAUGUUCCCAUGGAUGGCAUUCGGCCAUAUGAUCCCAUUUCUUGAGUUAUCCAAAAAGUCAGCAGCAAAGGGUAUUCGGAUUUCCUUCCUUUCCACCCAAAGAAACGUUAAGAGGUUGCCUUCCAUACAUCCAGAUAUAGCAGACAACAUAAAAAUGGUGGAGCUCCCACCGCUGUCAGUCGAUGGCUUGCCGGAAAACUGUGAGGCUACCGUCGACUUGCAAGGCGAGCAGAUUCCGUAUCUGAAGAAGGCCUGUGAUGGGUUAAAGGCACCAAUUGAAAAGCUAAUGCAAAAGGAUCCCCCAGACUUCAUUCUAUUUGAUAUCAUCCAGAGCUGGAUCCCUAGAACUGCCGCUAAAUUUGGUGUGCCUUGUGUCCUUUUCAGUGCGUUUUCUGCUUGUGCAUUAGCCUUCGCAGGGCCACCUGCUGAGCUGAAGUCCCUCAACCAACGAACAAAACCUGAAGAUUUCACGGUGCCACCAAAAUGGAUUCAUUUCCCUUCUCUUGUCUCCUACAGGCCUGAUCAGGCGGCAGCAUAUUUACAACAUUUUUACUCCCCUGACAUAACUGGCUUGACAACCGGCCAACGCGUCGCUACAACUCUAGAAGGCUGCGACUUUGUUGCAGUAAGAAGCUGCCUGGAGUUCGAAAGAGCAUAUCUCCAUGUCCUUGAAGAACUCUUACGGAAGCCAGUUUUGCCUGUCGGAUUACUCCCUCCAAGGUCUGUGAAGAACAAUCAUGUCGACCCCAACUUUUCUGCUACUUUCAACUGGCUGGAAAAACAGAGACCAAAGUCUGUGGUUUUUGUUGGAUUCGGCACUGAGUACAAAAUGCCCGUUGAACGAGUUCAUGAAUUGGCAGACGGGCUUGAACUCUCUAAGCUUCCUUUUCUAUGGAUUCUUAGAAAUCCCGAUGGACUAGGUAGCUCGGAACUAUUGCCUGGUGGGUUUUUGGAUCGAAUCUCUGACAAAGGCAUGGUUUCUCUUGGUUGGGCUCCACAGAUUGAAAUUUUGGCCCACCCUGCAAUUGGAGGGUGUCUCUUCCACGCCGGGUGGGGUUCUAUUAUCGAGUUGCUUGGCUUUGGACAUCCACAAAUUCUGAUGCCCAUGGUGGCGGACUAGAAUCUGAAUGCUAAGCUAUUAGUCGAGAAGGGUAUUGGCCUUGAGGUUCAGAUCAACAAAGAUGGCUCGUUCGACCGAGAUGCCAUUGCCAAGUCCACGAGGCAGGUGAUGGUAGACACAGAAGGAGAGGCACUAAGACUGAAGGCAGCUCAGAUUCAAGGAGUUUUUGCCAACUAGGACCUUCAUGAGAACUACGUAAACAAUCUCAUUCAAUUCAUGACCUCUUAUAAGAAAAAAGAAAAGGAUCAUCAAAAGCCUAUAGAAAGAUGCUAACAAGUAAGAGGAUGUAUAUGUUUAAGUUGUUGUUUAGAGGUUAUAAAUUUGAGAUAUGAUGUGUUUACAAUCUUUGUACAAGAGUUUGCAUACGAGUAUAUUUGAGUCACAUGAUAUAUAUGUAA